UGAGCCCGUUUACGACGUUCUCGGGAAAUAAACGAGCGGAUGGGAUUUUGGCGGUACUUGCAGCGCCAUCCUAUCUGCUUCUCUUCGUCAGUUUGUCUCCCACGCCCAACGCUCUUUCGUUUCCCUCUUCUUCUUAAAAUGCAAAUGCAGAUACAGUUGCAACUGUCACUCCACUCUCCUCCCCGCCAUAUUCCUGUCCUUCCAAGCCCCAGAAUCAUCCGCCGCUCUUCCAAAACCACCCCCACUUCUUUCCGUCUCCGAAUUUCCAGAAGCAGUGCCAUCGCCUGCAGCAGCGGUAGCAGGAAGGAGGAAUAUGGAGUUGAAACUCAGCAGCAACAGAAAUCGAGGAAGGCAUACCCUUUUGAUGAGAUUGAGCCGCGUUGGCAGCGCUACUGGGAAGAGAACCGCACGUUCCGGACCCCGGAUGAGAUCGAUCCAUCCAAGCCCAAGUUCUACAUACUCGACAUGUUCCCCUAUCCCAGUGGAGCCGGAUUACAUGUUGGUCAUCCCUUAGGAUAUACUGCCACAGACAUCCUCGCCAGAUAUAAACGCAUGCAAGGUUUCAAUGUUUUGCAUCCAAUGGGGUGGGAUUCUUUUGGACUGCCUGCAGAACAAUAUGCCAUAGAGACAGGAACCCAUCCAAAAGUCACAACUAUGAGAAAUAUUGGACGCUUUCGUUCUCAGCUUAAAUCAUUAGGUUUCUCAUAUGACUGGGAUCGUGAAAUUUCUACCACCGAGCCCGAGUAUUAUAAGUGGACCCAGUGGAUUUUCCUUCAGCUGUUGCAGAGAGGACUUGCAUAUCAGGCUGAAGUACCAGUUAACUGGUGCCCUGCUUUGGGAACUGUCUUGGCAAAUGAGGAAGUGGUGGAUGGUCUUAGUGAGCGUGGGGGUCAUCCUGUUAUAAGAAAGCCAAUGCGCCAAUGGAUGCUUAAGAUUACUGCAUAUGCCGAUCGUCUUCUUGAAGAUUUGGAUGAGCUCGACUGGCCUGAAAGCAUCAAGGAAAUGCAGAGGAAUUGGAUAGGUCGGUCGGAAGGGGCUGAGAUGGAUUUCUGGGUACUUGAUUCGAACGGACAGGAACAAGAUGUAAAGCUGUCUGUUUAUACAACUAGACCAGAUACCAUCUUUGGAGCAACAUAUCUAGUUGUGGCGCCUGAACAUCCCCUUCUAUCAUCAUUCGUAUCUGGGACACAAAGCAUAUGUGUAUGUUCAGUAGAAGAAUACAGAGAAAAUGCAUCAAGGAAAAGUGAACUUGAGAGAACUGAGCUCCAGAAAGAAAAAACUGGAGUUUUUAGUGGUUCGUAUGCUAGAAAUCCAGCAUCUGGGAAAGCUAUUCCAAUAUGGAUCGCAGAUUAUGUUUUGGGAAGUUAUGGUACUGGAGCAAUAAUGGCUGUACCUGCGCAUGAUUCUCGUGACCAUGAGUUUGCUUUAAAAUAUGGCAUUCCAGUCAGUUGGGUUGUGAUCCCAGAUGAUAAAAGUUUCAGUAACUAUAGAGAAGCAUAUUCAGGAGAAGGUAUUAUGAUAAACUCAUCAAAUUCAGCAUCUGGGUUGAAUUUCAAUGGAUUGCCUAAUAAAGAAGCUUCUUCCAAAGUCAUUGAAUGGGCUGAAAGUACUGGAUGUGGGAAGAAAAAGGUGAACUACAAACUGCGAGACUGGCUUUUUGCCAGGCAACGUUACUGGGGAGAACCUUUCCCUGUGAUUUUUCUGGAUGAUGCAAGUGACAUUGUCCCAAUCCCCGAGAGUGAGCUUCCUGUUACCCUACCUGAAUUGGAUGAUUUCACUCCCACUGGAACAGGGGAACCGCCAUUAGCAAAAGCAGUCUCUUGGGUUAAAACAACUGAUCCUGUUUCUGGAAAACCUGCAAUGCGAGAAACAAGCACCAUGCCACAGUGGGCUGGUUCUUGCUGGUACUAUUUGAGAUUCAUGGACCCAAAAAAUUCUGAAACUUUGGUGGAUAAGAAGAAGGAAAGCUAUUGGGGUCCCGUGGACAUCUAUGUAGGCGGUGCUGAACAUUCUGUUCUUCAUUUACUUUAUGCUAGGUUUUGGCACAAGGUCCUCUAUGACAUAGAUGUUGUUUCCACCAAAGAGCCCUUCCAGUGUCUCAUAAAUCAGGGGAUAAUACUUGGAGAAGUUGAGUAUACAGCAUUCAGAGACUGGGAAGGAAACUUAAUAUCUGCUGACUCUACUGAUGUCAUGGGGCAAUAUCAUCAAGAAAGAGUACCAGAGGAAAAGGUCAUGAAAUCCGGAGAUUCCUAUGUAUUGAAAGAUAAUCCAAGCAUUCGUUUGAUUGCACGAGCUCACAAAAUGAGUAAAAGUAGAGGAAAUGUCAUUAAUCCUGAUGAUGUUGUUUCCAAAUAUGGUGCAGAUUCUCUUCGUCUAUAUGAAAUGUUCAUGGGACCACUAAGAGACUCGAAAAUGUGGAGUACUGGUGGUAUCGAAGGUGUCCAUCGAUUUCUGGGGAGGACUUGGAGGUUGAUUGUUGAUUCUCCUUUGCCUAAUGGAUCAUAUAAAAGUGGAACUGUUGUUACUGAUGAUGAGCCUACUUUGGAACAACUUCGUUCUCUCCACAAGUGCAUUGCAAAGGUAUCAGAGGAAAUUCAAGAAACUAGAUUUAACACUGGAAUUUCUGCGAUGAUGGAGUUCAUUAAUGCAGCAUACAAGUGGGACAACUAUCCAAGAUCAGUUAUUGAAGCAUUUGUCCUGGUGCUUUCACCUUAUGCACCUCACAUGGCCGAGGAGCUUUGGUUUCGCCUGGGACACUCAAAUUCAUUAGCGUAUGAGCGUUUUCCUGAGGCCAAGGACGAGUACUUAAAAGACACGAGGGUUGUGCUGCCUGUUCAGAUAAAUGGGAAGACAAGGGGUACCAUCCAUGUGGAGGAAGCAUGCACAGAGGAUGACGCAUUCAGAUUGGCGUCAUUGGAUGAGAAGCUCUCCAAGUACUUGCUUGGAAGGACAGUAAAGAAGAGAAUCUAUGUUCCUGGCAGGAUUUUGAAUGUCAUCUUAGAGCAGCAAAAGGUAGGCCGAUAAUCUUUACAGUUCAGUUAUCGUCCUCACUCUCUCCGUUAACGUCAGUCCUUGGCAGAUACAGAGUACUCCAAGUUCUUGUUUACUCAGCAGAUGCAACAUUGCACAUGAAUUUUUGCAGUAUCAAAAUGACAUUAAUAAAAACAUUGUACAAAAUAUAUUCUUUUAUGAACCAAAAAAGAUGGUUAGCUUUCUGUAACUUUCAAUUACAAAUGGCCUUAUAAUUGUAGGAAAGUCGAUAAUUUUAUUAUUA